CAGGACUAACAAUGUGAAAUGAGUGUGUGUGUGUGGUCAGCUGUUCUAUGUGGAGGAAUUUAGCGCCGCACCAAACUCUGCUGCUCUGCGCUCUUUGGCUUUAAGUUUAAUUUCUUCUCAUGAGAGUUCAGAUCGGACCUGCACCCUGACCUCAACCUUGUCUGGACGGUGGGGUAUGGACUUUGCUGUGCGGUCCAGGACGGGAUUCUACCGACAGGAGGUAAACAGAACCGUCUGGGAGGUACCGGAGAGGUACCGGGACCUGAAGCAGGUUGGAACGGGUGCAUACGGAACUGUGUGCUCAGCAUGGGACCGCCGCACAGGAGCACAGGUGGCCAUCAAGAAGCUCCACCGGCCCUUCCAGUCCAAACUUUUUGCCAAAAGGGCCUACAGGGAGUUGCGACUACUCAAGCACAUGAAACACGAAAAUGUAAUUGGGUUAUUGGAUGUUUUUACUGCGGAGAUCUCCUUGGAUCGGUUUCGGGACUUUUACCUGGUGAUGCCAUACAUGGGCACGGACCUCGGCAAGCUGAUGAAGAUGGAGAGGUUGUCAGAGGACAGAGUACAAUUCCUUGUUUAUCAGAUGCUGAGAGGCCUUAAGUAUAUCCACUCUGCAGGGAUCAUCCACAGGGAUCUUAAACCUGGAAAUUUGGCCAUUAACCCAGACUGUGAGUUAAAGAUCCUUGACUUUGGUUUGGCAAGGCAGGCUGACACUGAAAUGACGGGUUACGUUGUGACACGUUGGUACAGAGCCCCCGAAGUUAUCCUCAACUGGAUGCACUACACACAAACUGUGGAUAUCUGGUCAGCAGGUUGCAUCAUGGCAGAAAUGCUGCUUGGAAAGCCACUGUUCAAAGGAAACGAUCACUUGGAUCAGCUCAGAGAAAUCAUGAAGAUCACAGGAACUCCAACUUCUGACUUUGUUGCAAAACUACAGAGCCAGGACGCUAAAAACUACAUCAGGAGCUUAACAAGAGUGCCAAAAAAAGAUUUGCAUACCAUUUUCUCCAAAGCCAGCUCAAACGCGGUGAGUGUUUUGGAAAAGAUGCUGCUUCUGGACCCUGAGUGCAGAGUGAGCGCCUCAGAGGCCCUUGAACUCCCCUUCUUCAGCGAGUUCAGAGAUGCAGAGGAGGAGACAGAGGCGCUGCCGUACGAUCAGACCAUGGACAACACAGACCUGCCGCUGGACCAGUGGAAACGUCACACUUUCACAGAGAUACUGACCUUCAGACCGCCCAGGGACUCAAAGGAAACGUCACUUUAGGAGCACACAUAUGAACAUAUAGCUGCACCAUCUUACGCCCAGUAAUUAUUUUCCUUUGAUGUUUUGUAUUUGUAUAUGAGUGAUCCACCUGAUUAGUUUGUUAGUUUAUAGAAAAACAAAUGUGAUUUGUGCAACCGUUGAAUAAAGA